AUGGAGGAGAACCUUUAUUCAGGGUUCUCAGAGCUGCCCAGAAAGCGGUGCUGCGGGUGGAGAACACAGCUCCUGCUGGUGGGGCUGGUGACUGCCAGCCUCUGGGCUGCACUGCUGUCCCUACUUCUCCUGUGGCACUGGGACACCCUGCAAAAUUUGAAACAGCUGGAAGAGACAGCUGCCCAGAACGUCUCUCAAAUUUCCAAGGACUUGCAAAGAUACCAGCAUAUCAAGAUGGACCAGAAAUCCCAGGCUGCUCAGAUAUUGCAGAACAUGGAGGAACUCCAAGCUGAACAGAAGAGAAUGAAAUCUCAGGACUCUGAGCUGUCCUGGAACCUGGAUGGACUCCUAGCAGAUCUGAACAACCUCAAAUCCCAAGGUUUAAACCAGAGGCGAGAAGCCUCAGACAUGCUGGAAAGACUCAAGGAGGAGGUGGCAAGACUGCGGAUAGAGCUGAAGUUGUCCCAGGGCACCACGUGCAAGAUGUGCCCCAAGAUGUGGGUCUACUUCCAGCAGAAGUGCUACUACUUCGGGGAGGGUGCCAAGAAGUGGCUCCAUGCGCAGUACGCCUGUGAGGCCAUGGGAGGGCGCCUUGUCAGCAUCCACAGCCGGGAGGAGCAGGACUUCCUGAUCAAACGUGCUGACUGGAAGGGCUCCUGGAUUGGCCUCCAGGACCUGGACAGGGAGGGGCAGUUUACCUGGAUGGAUGGGAGCCCUGUGAGCUACAGCAACUGGUACCCUGGAGAACCCAACAACCAGGACCAGGGUGAGAACUGCGUUAUGAUGAGGGGCUCGGGCCAGUGGAAUGAUGCUGCCUGCCAGAGCAGGCUGGAUGCCUGGGUGUGUGAACAACUGGCCACAUGCGGACUGCCUGCCACCUUGGUCCCUGUAGAGCCCCUAGGAACUGCUCCAAGCCCUGAACCUUGA